AUGUCACCAUCCACGACUCUGCGCAGCAGCGCCGCGCCGACCUUGCGUGGCGAUAACGACUACUUCGAGGGCCCGCGGGACAUCCGCCAGUUCAGCCGCUGGCCGCUCUGCCUGCGGCUGUACGGGAGCGUCCUGCCCAAGCUCACGGCCCCGCUGGUCUUGGUCGGCAUCUGGGCGGCGACCAUCACGUCGAUCUGCCAGUUCGUCUACGACCUGGGCAUCGACUCGAUCCUGCUCACGGUGCUGGGCUUCAUCGUGGGCCUGGCGCUGUCGUUCCGCUUCUCGACCGCGUACGAGCGGUACAACGACGGGAGCAAGUACUGGUCGGCGCUGAUGCUCAACUCGAGGGUGAUGGCCCGGCUCAUCUGGAUCUUUGUGCAGGAGCGCCACGGCAUGUCGGAGGAGCUGGGCAAGGAGGACCUGCUGGGCAAGCUCUCUGCCAUCAACCUCCUCAAUGCCUUUGCCACGGCGCUGAAACAUCGCCUGCGCUUCGAGCCUGCGACCGUGUACCUCGACCUGGCGCCGCUGGUGGUUCACCUGGACACCAUGGCUGGGAGGGCUGACCAGGCUUCUUUGAUACCCAAGCCGAAGAGCCGCUGGCAAUAUGCCGCUGAAUAUCUGGGAAUCCCCAUGGCUGCAGAGGAUCCUCGGAUCGUGCUCGACAACGCCACAGACAAUCUGGGCAACCUCCCACUGGAGAUCCUAACCUACCUGUCCACGUACAUGAAGCACGUGGUGGAGCAGAAGACGCUCGACGGGCUCCACCAGGGCACCGCCAUGGGCUGCAUCACCAACCUGGGCGAGAUCCAAGGGGGCCUGGAGCGCAUCUCCAACACCCCGAUCCCCGUGGCCUACAGCAUCGCCAUCGCCCAGGUCACGUGGGUCUACGUCCUCCUGCUGCCGCUGCAGCUGUGGAACUUCCUCGGCUGGCUGACCAUCCCGGGCACCCUGUUUGCCGCCUACAUUGUGCUCAGCUUCGAGAGGAUCGGCCGCGAGAUCGAGGACCCCUUUGGCUGCGACGUCAACGACCUGCCGCUGGAGCAGUACUGCAGGGAGCUGUCGGCCGACUUUGACGUCCUGACGCGCGCGCCGGCGCCCGAGGCGGCCGAGUGGAUGACCUCGUCGACGAACAAGGUCAUGUACCCGCUCAGCCUGACUGGGUUUGAUUCUUGGGUGGACAGGAGUCUGGGGGAGAUCCGGGAGGCGUUGCGCGUGAAGGCCUACGAGAAUACGCCACUGCUCGAGGAGGUGUAA